ACACAGGAAGAUCACACCAUCCCCCACCAUCAUCAGGGUGAACAACUGAAAGACAUCAAAGUUGAGGUUAAAGUAGAAAAAGAAGAGAAGUCCGGGGAUCUGCAGUCUAUGGAGGAGGGAGAUUCUCUGUAUUCCCAGAAUUCCAUACAGGAGGAUCACACCAUCCCUCACCAUCAUCAGGGUGAGGAACGGAUUAAUAUAAAAGCUGAGGUGAAAGAAGAAGUAGAGACGUAUGUGGGGGGUGAUCAGCCAAUCACGGAGGAGGUUGGGAUGAUUAUGAAAAGUGAACAGGAGGACAUUUCUCUACCUUGUGACACAGAUGGAUGUGAUGUGAGGAAUUCCUCGGAGAGACAUCUUCUAUUAUCUGCUGAUUGUAAGUCAGAAGAUAAUGUCAUCACACAGGAUCCUCCAGGAGGAAAUCCAAAUACACAAAAUAUACAUCACAGACCUUCCUGUCCGGAGACAUCAAUGGAUCCCUCUGAUCAGGGGGAAUCUUCUCAUCAAUCACAUACUAUGAUUGUAAAUAUCCAUGUAAGAUCUCACACUGCUGAUAGAUCAACAGAUCCUUCUAUUCCCGAGGAAUCUUCCUCACCCCAUGAAGGAGAUCACCGAGGUGACAAUCUAUUCAAAUGUUCAGAGUGCGGGAAAUCUUUCACUCAGAAAGGAAAACUUGCUGAACACCAGAGAAUUCACACGGGUGAACGUCCUUAUCCAUGUUCAGAGUGCGGGAAAUCUUUCAAUCAUAAAAGAAAACUUAUUCGGCACCAGAGAAUUCACACGAGUGAGCGUCCUUUCCCUUGUUCAGAGUGCGAGAAAUCUUUCACUCGGAAAGCUCAUCUUGUUACACAUCUUAGAAUUCACACAGGUGACCGUCCUUAUUCAUGUUCAGAGUGCGGGAAAUCUUUCAUUGGCAAAGCAGACCUUGUUAAUCAUCUUAGAAUUCAUACAGGCGAGCGUCCUUUUUCAUGUUUAGAGUGCGGGAAAUCUUUCGCUGAAAAAGGAACCCUUGUUAAACAUAAAAAAAGAAUUCACACCAGCGAACGUCCUUAUUUAUGUUCAGAGUGCGGGAAAUCUUUCAAAGAUAAAGGAGUCCUUGUUAAACAUCAGAGAAUUCACACAGGUGAGCAUCCUUAUUCAUGUUCAGAGUGCGGGAAAUCUUUCACUGGCAAAAGAAACCUUGUUAGACAUCAGAGAAUUCACACAGGUGAGCGUCCUUAUUCAUGUUCAGAGUGCGGGAAAUCUUUCAAUGGCAAAGGAAACCUUGUUAAUCAUCUUAGAAUUCAUACAGGCGAGCGUCCUUAUUCAUGUUUAGAGUGCGGGAAAUCUUUCACUGAAAAAGGGACCCUUGUUAAACAUAAAAAAAAAAUUCACACCAGUGAGCGUCCUUAUUCAUGUUCAGAGUGCGGGAAAUCUUUCACUCGAAAAGGACAUCUUGUUAAACAUCAGAGAAUUCACACAGCUCAGGCCAAUCAGCUGGGAGUGCUGAUCCUCCACCCGACGCUGCGUUUCUCCCUAUUGGGCAUCAACGGGGAACGUUCCCCGAUGCUGCGUUUCUCCCUAUUGGGCAUCAACGGGGAACGUUCCCAGACGCUGCGUUUCUCCCUAUUGGGCAUCAACGGGGAACGUUCCCCGACGCUGCGUUUCUCCCUAUUGGGCAUCAACGGGGAACGUUCCCCGACGCUGCGUUUCUCCCUAUUGGGCAUCAUUGGGGAACGUUCCCCGAUGAUGCGUUUCUCCCUAUUGGGCAUCAACGGGGAACAUUCCCAGACGCUGCGUUUCUCCCUAUUGGGCAUCAACGGGGAACGUUCCCCGAUGCUGCGUUUCUCCCUAUUGGGCAUCAACGGGGAACGUUCCCCGAUGCUGCGUUUCUCCCUAUUGGGCAUCAACGGGGAACGUUCUCCGAUGCUGCGUUUCUCCCUAUUGGGCAUCAACGGGGAACGUUCUCCGAUGCUGCGUUUCUCCCUAUUGGGCAUCAACGGGGAACGUUCUCCGAUGCUGCGUUUCUUCCUAUUGGGCAUCAACGGGGAACUUCCUGACACCCUUGUUGCAAUCCACUCAGAUAUUGUCAUAGAAGCUGCAACAAUAACCGUGGCUGUCAUCUCUUGCAUGCAGGAAGGUCACACCAUCCCCCACCAUCAUCAGGGUGAUGAACUGAAAGACAUCAAAGUUGAGAUUAAAGUAGAAAAAGAAGAGAAGUCCGAGGAUCAGCAGUCUAUGGUAGAGGGUGAUCCUCUGUAUUCCCGGGAUUCCAUACAGGAAGAUCACACCAUUCCUCACCAUCAUCAGGGUGAGAGAUCUCCCCCUCCUCUGUGUUCCUGGGAUUCCAUACGGGAGGAUCACACCAUCCAUCACCAUCAUCAGGGUGAAGAACGGAUUAAUAUAAAAGCUGAGGUUAAAGAAGAAGAAGUAGAGACGUAUGUGGGGGGUGAUCAGCCAUUCACAGAGGAGGUUGGGAUGAUUAUGAAAAGUGAACAGGAGGACAUUUCUCUACCUUGUGACACAGAUGGAUGUGAUGUGAGGAAUUCCUCGGAGAGACAUCUUCUAUUAUCUGCUGAUUGUAAGUCAGAAGAUAAUGUCAUCACACAGGAUCCUCCAGGAGGAAAUCCAAAUACACAAAAUAUACAUCACAGACCUUCCUGUCCGGAGACAUCAAUGGAUCCCUCUGAUCAGGGGGAAUCUUCUCAUCAAUCACAUACUAUGAUUGAAAAUAUCCAUGUAAGAUCUCACACUGCAGAUAGAUCAACAGAUCCUUCUAAUCCCGAGGAAUCUUCCUCACCCCAUGAAGGAGAUCAGAGAGGUGACAAUCUAUUCUCAUGUUCAGAGUGCGGGAAAUCUUUCAAUCAGAAAGCAGCUCUUGUUACACAUCAGAGAAUUCACACAGGUGAAUUUUUUUAUUCAUGUUCAGAGUGCGGGAAAUCUUUCACUCAUCACGGAACCUUUGUUAGACAUCAGAGAAUUCACACGGGUGAGCGUCCUUAUUCAUGUUCAGAGUGCGGGAAAUCUUUCACUCGGAAAGGAACUCUUAUUCAGCACCAGAGCGCUCACACAGGAGAGCAUCCUUAUUCAUGUUCAGAGUGUGGGAAAUCUUUCUCUGUCAAAGAAUCUCUUGUUACACAUCAGAGAAUUCACACAGGUGAGCGUCCUUAUUCAUGUUCAGAGUGCGGUAAAUCUUUCACUCAGAAAGGACAUCUUUUUACACAUCAGAGAAUUCACACAGGUGAGCGUCCUUAUUCAUGUUCAGAGUGCGGGAAAUCUUUCACUUGGAAAGAAAAACUUAUUCAGCACCAGAGAGUUCACACAGGGGAGCAUCCUUUCCCUUGUUCAGAGUGCAGGAAAUCUUUCACUGGCAAAUCAGACCUUGUUAAACAUUUUAGAAUUCACACAGGCGAGCGUCCCUAUUCAUGUUUAGAGUGCGGGAAAUCUUUCACACUGAAAGGAAACCUUAUUCAGCACCAGAGCGUUCACACAAGUGAGCUUCCUUUCCCUUGUUCAGAAUGCGGGAAAUCUUUCACGCAAAAAGCAUAUCUUGUUAAACAUCAGAGAAUUCACACAGGUGAGCGUCCUUAUGGAUCCAGUAAUGGGAACCCACUAGAGAGAUGUCACCGUCCUCUGUAUUCCCGGGAUUCCACACAGGAGGGUCACACCAUCCUUCACCAUCAUCAGGGUGAAAAACUGAAAGACAUCAAAGUUGAAGUUAAAGUAGAAAAAGAAGAGAAGUCCGGGGAUCAGCAGUCUAUGGUAGAGAGUGAUCCUCUGUAUUCCCGGGAUUCCACACAGGAGGAUCACUCCAUCCCUCACCAUCGUCAGGGUGAAGAACGGAUUAAUAUAAAAGCUGAGGUUAAAGAAGAAGAAGUAGAGACGUAUGUGGGGGGUGAUCAGCCAAUCACGAAGGAGGUUGGGAUGAUUAUGAAAAGUGAACAGGAGGACAUUUCUCUACCUUGUGACACAGAUGGAUGUGAUGUGAGGAAUUCCUCGGAGAGACAUCUUCUAUUAUCUGCUGAUUGUAAGUCAGAAGAUAAUGUCAUCACACAGGAUCCUCCAGGAGGAAAUCCAAAUACACAAAAUAUACAUCACAGACCUUCCUGUCCGGAGACAUCAAUGGAUCCCUCUGAUCAGGGGGAAUCUUCUCAUCAAUCACAUACUAUGAUUGUAAAUAUCCAUGUAAGAUCUCACACUGCAGAUAGAUCAACAGAUCCUUCUAAUCCCGAGGAAUCUUCCUCACCCCAUGAAGGAGAACACCGAGGUGACCAUCUAUUCCCAUGUUCAGAGUGCGGGAAAUCUUUCUCUCAGAAAGGAAAUCUUAUUCGGCAUCAGAGCGUUCACACAGGUGAAUGUUUUUAUUCAUGUUCAGUGUGCGGGAAAUCUUUUACUCAUCAAGGAACCUUUGUUAGACACCAGAGAAUUCACACAGAGUGUGGGAAAUCUUUCAAUAGGAAAGUAAUCCUUGUUGGACAUCAAAGAAUUCACACUGGUGAGCGUCCUUAUUCAUGUUCAGAGUGCGGGAAAUCUUUUGUUGAAAAAGGAAACCUUGUUAAACAUCAAAGAAUUCACACUGUUAAAGACUUUGCUCGGCUGACGUCCCUUCUGGUUCCUGAUCCUGAUCUUUGGCUUCCGACUACGCUGAUCUCUGGCUUCCUGAUUACCGGUUUUGGCUUCCGAACCCUGGUUUAUGUUUUGACUAUGUUCCUGAUCUACAUUGCCAUAGAAGCUUCAACAUUAUCUGUGGCUGUCAUCUUUUGCAUGGUCCACUGCACUGCUUUCCCUCCCAAUGUUGAGGGCAAACAGCCUAGUAUGGUUCAGGAGCAGAUCCCCCACCAUCAUCAGGGUGAGGGAUUUCCCCCUCCUCUGUGUUCCUGGGAUUCCAUCCAGGAGGAUCACACCAUCCCUCACCAUCAUCAGGGUGAAGAAUGGAUUAAUAUAAAAGCUGAGGUUAAAGAAGAAGAAGUAGAGACGUAUGUGGGGGGUGAUCAGCCAAUCACGGAGGAGGUUGGGAUGAUUAUGAAAAGUGAACAGGAGGACAUUUCUCUACCUUGUGACACAGAUGGAUGUGAUGUGAGGAAUUCCUCGGAGAGACAUCUUCUAUUAUCUGCUGAUUGUAAGUCAGAAGAUAAUGUCAUCACACAGGAUCCUCCAGGAGGAAAUCCAAAUACACAAAAUAUACAUCACAGACCUUCCUGUGCGGAGACAUCAAUGGAUCCCUCUGAUCAGGGGGAAUCUUCUCAUCAAUCACAUACUAUGAUUGUAAAUAUCCAUGCAAGAUCUCACACUGCAGAUAGAUCAACAGAUCCUUCUAAUCCCGAGGAAUCUUCCUCACUCCAUGAAGGAGAUCACCGAGGUGACCAUCUAUUCUCAUGUUCAGAGUGCGGGAAAUCUUUCACUAAGAAGGGAGAACUUACUAGACACCAGAAAAUUCACACAGGAGAACGUCCUUAUUCAUGUUCAGAGUGCGGGAAAUCUUUCCAUAAGAAAUCUAAUCUUGUUAGACAUCAGAGAAAUCACACGGGUGAGCGUCCUUUCCCUUGUUCAGAGUGUGGGAAAUCUUUCACUUAUAAAGCAGUCCUUGUUACACAUCUUAGAAUUCACACAGGUGAGCGUCCUUAUUCAUGUUCAGAGUGCGGGAAAUCUUUCACUAAGAAGGAAAAUCUUACUGAGCACCAGAGAAUUCACACAGGAGAACUUCCUUAUUCAUGUUCAGAGUGCGGGAAAUCUUUCAGUUGGAAAGGAAAACUUAUUCAGCACCAGAGAAUUCACACGGGUGAGCGUCCUUUCCCUUGUUCAGAGUGCUGGAAAUCUUUCACUCAAAAAGUAGACCUUGUUAAACAUCUUAGAAUUCACACAGGUGAGCGUCCUUAUUCAUGUUCAGAGUGCGGGAAAUCUUUCACUCAAAAAGCAGCCCUUGUUAAACAUCAGAGAAUUCACACAGGUGAACGUCAUUCAUGUUCAGAGUGCGGGAAAUCUUUCUCUUGGAAAGGAAAACUUAUUCAGCACCAGAGAUUUCACACAGGUGAGCGUCUUUAUUCAUGUUCAGAGUGCGGAAAAUCUUUUGCUGAAAAAGGACAUCUUGUUAAACAUUUUAGAAUUCACACAGGUGAGCGUCCUUAUUCAUGUUCAGAGUGCGGAAAAUCUUUCACUCAAAAAGGACAUCUUCUUACACAUCAGAGAAUUCACACAGGUGAGCGUCCAAAUCAAUGUUCAGAGUGCGGGAAAUCUUUUGUUGAAAAAGGAAACCUUGUUAAUCAUCUUAGAAUUCACACAGGUGAGCAUCCUUAUUCAUGUUCAGAGUGCGGGAAAUCUUUCAAUAAGAAAGUAAUCCUUGUUAGACAUCAAAGAAUUCACACAGGUGAGCGUCCUUAUUCAUGUUCAGAGUGCGGGAAAUCAUUCACUAGGAAAGGAAACCUUUUGCAAGACCAGAGAAUUGAUAUGAGUGAGCUUCCUUAUUGAUGUUGUAGAUCAGGGAUCUCCAGACUUCGGCCCUCCAGCUGUUGCAGAACUACACGUCCCAUGAGGCAUUGUAAUACGCUGACAUUCACAAACAUGACUAGCCAUGGUGGGAAUUGUAGUUCCUGAACAUUUGGAGGGUCAUAGUAGGAAAAGCUCUGUUGUAGACGAGUCAGCCUGGUGCAGGUUUAGGAGCGGGUUAAUAGUAGAGGGCGGGGACUUGUUUAUUAAGCAGCCGGUCAGAGAAGCUGGUGUACGUCUGUUCAAUAUUGAGUUGGCCCCGCCCUUUGCAGCUAUAACAGCUUCAACUCUUCUGGGAAGGCUGUCC